CUAUAUUUUCCGUGAAUAUUGUAGGGUCACCGUCGGUUAAACCAAUUACUUUCCCUUGUCUGCCUCUGCCUCUGCCUCAUAUGAUCAUUUCACAUUUCCUCUCUCCCUCCACUUUGAUCUUACCGCCCAAAUUGAACACUCCCAACCCCAACAAUGUCGUCAAUUCCCACCACCACCACCUCCGCCGCCGGAUUCUUCCGCAUCCCUCCUCCGCCGCAUCGCAUACCCGCUGCCGGAGUUCGUAUGAUGGCCGGCGCCUUGCAAUCCAAUGCCUCCAGCGUGGGGACCAUCCUGACAAACCUCCAGCACGAAUCCGCCACUCCGCUUCCCGUUCUGCGCCACGUGGCGGACGCCAUGACAGAGGACAUGCGAGCCGGGCUGGCUGUCGAAGGCGGGAGUGACCUUAAGAUGAUUCUCAGCUACGUCGACGCCUUGCCCAGCGGAAAUGAGAAGGGAUUGUUCUAUGCGUUGGACUUGGGCGGGACGAAUUUCAGGGUGCUGAGAGUUCAGCUUGGAGGGAAGGAAGAGAGAGUGAUUGCUACUGAGUCAGAGCAAGUCUCCAUCCCCAAAGAGCUCAUGUCUGGAACCUCCGAGCAACUGUUCGAUUUCAUUGCAAAUGGGCUGGCGACAUUUGCGGAGGUGGAAGGUGGGAAUUUCAGGUUGCCACAUGGGAGGCAGAGGGAGGUUGGGUUCACAUUCUCCUUCCCAGUAAUGCAAACCUCCAUUGACUCUGGCAUACUCAUGAAGUGGACUAAGGGCUUCUCAGUUUCUGGAACGGCUGGACGAGAUGUUGUUGCUUGUUUGAAUGAGGCAAUGGAGAGACAAGCAUUGGACAUGCGAGUGUCUGCCCUGGUCAACGACACGGUGGGUGCAUUGGCCGGAGCAAGGUACUGGGACGACGAUGUCAUGGUAGCAGUCAUUUUGGGUACCGGAACCAAUGCUUGUUAUGUAGAGAGGACUGAUGCAAUUCCAAGGCUAAAUGGUACAAUGUCAGCUUCAGGAAUGACUAUUAUCAACACCGAAUGGGGAGCUUUCUCAAAUGGGAUUCCAUUGACUGUGUUCGAUAGAGACAUGGAUGCUGCUAGUAUCAACCCGGGAGAACAGAUAUUUGAGAAGACGAUCUCUGGGAUGUAUCUAGGUGAAAUCGCUCGAAGAGUGCUGUUGAAGAUGGCAGAAGAAGGGGAUUUGUUCGGCAGAAGUUUCCCAGAGAAACUAACCACCCCUUUUAUCCUCAGAACUCCGGACUUGUGUGCAAUGCAGCAAGACAACUCUGACGAUCUCCAAGCUGUUGGUUCUAUUCUCUACAAUGCGACCCAGGUGGAGUCCAACCUGAGCUCCCGAAAAGUGGCAUUAGAGGUCUGCGACGCGAUUGUGAAACGAGGAGGGAGGCUAGCAGGAGCCGGGAUCGUGGGGAUCCUGCAGAAGAUGGACCAGGAUUCAAAGGGCUCGAUCUACGGGAAGCAAACUGUCGUGGCAAUGGAUGGUGGCCUCUACGAGCAUUACCCUCAGUAUAGAGGGUAUAUGCAAAGGGCUGUUGAAGAGCUUUUGGGGUCAGAAAUUUCGAGAAACAUUGUGAUUGAGCACUCGAAAGACGGGUCUGGGAUUGGAGCUGCUCUCUUGGCUGCUACCAACUCCAAGUACGAGCAUUAGAAUGUUUUAAAGGGCUCCUUUCCAUAUUCCUUUUGGCCAUUUUUUUCCUUAUUGGUUUUGGAUUGAGAGUUUUGUGAAUAAGUUGGCCACUAUUAGGGGUGUGAUCAAGUGAGUUUGGUUUGUUGGGCCAUAAUUUUGGGCACCAUCUUAUCUUCAAAUAAAAAAGAGGUCAUCUG